GUUUCUCGUCGCGCCUGAAGGAGGCCUUUAUAAAAGCGCCACGCCAGCCUCUUAACCAUUCAGUUUCUGAAAGUCAUUGUUUGCUAGUUAUCAUGUCUGGACGAGGAAAGACCGGAGGUAAGGCACGCGCCAAGGCUAAGACUCGCUCUUCUCGAGCUGGUUUGCAGUUCCCCGUUGGCCGUGUUCAUAGGCUUCUGAGAAAAGGCAACUAUGCUGAGCGAGUGGGUGCCGGUGCUCCCGUUUAUUUAGCUGCUGUGCUCGAGUACUUAACUGCUGAAAUUCUCGAGUUGGCUGGCAAUGCUGCCCGCGACAACAAGAAGACCAGAAUCAUUCCUCGCCAUUUGCAGCUGGCUGUACGCAACGAUGAAGAGCUUAAUAAGUUGCUUGGUGGUGUGACCAUCGCUCAGGGUGGUGUGCUGCCCAACAUUCAGGCCGUGCUUCUGCCCAAGAAGACUGAGAAACAGGCUAAGAGCAAGUAAACUGAAACGACAAAUUCAUCAACCCCAACGGCUCUUUUUAGAGCCACC